CCCGACCGCCAGAGAAACCACACGAUAGCGAGACGACAGCAACACCGCCGCCGCUACCACCACUACCAACACCGCCACGACGACGCACCAUGGCGAACCUCCCGACGACCAAGACCAUCCCCGGCAAGGAGACGCCCGGGCUGCGCUACCCCUCCAACGGCAAGACAAUCUACCACCGGCCCCUGAACCGCACCAAGACGGCCGAGCUCAGCCAGUCCAGCUUCGCCUACCUCUUCAGCGAGAUGGUCUCGUACGCCCAGCGCAACGUCAAGGACAUUACCGAGCUGGAGCAGCGACUCAACGUCCAGGGCCACUCGAUAGGCAUCAAGCUCCUCGACCUCCUCCUCUUCCGCGAGCCCCCCCGGACCCAGGUCCGGCCCCUCACCAUCAUCGCCCUCCUCCACUUCAUCAAGCAGUCGUGCUGGCAGCACCUCUUCGGCCGCCAGGCCGACCGCCUCGAGAAGUCGGCCGACCCCGCCAAGCCCGACGAGUACAUGAUCAUCGACAACGAGCCCCUCGUCAACGCCUACAUCAGCGUGCCCCGCGAGAUGUCCCAGCUCAACUGCGCCGCCUACGUCGCCGGCAUCGUCGAGGGCCUCUGCGACGGCGCCGGCUUCCCCGCCCGCGUGAGCGCCCACAACAUCGCCGCCAAGGACGAGCACGAGAUGUGGCCCGGCAAGACCGUCUUCCUCGUCAAGUUCCGCCCCGAGGUCCUCGAGAGAGAGGGCUAUCUCGGGAAGAGCUGAACGGACGAUGGGGGCCCAGGGGGAGGUGCAUCGGCGAGCAUGAGAGGGCGGUUUGCGUAUUUAAUGGCGUUCUGGAGGGAAGGGCAGCAUCGGCGGCGUUUGGGGCGAUGGCAAGAUUCCGGGACUCUUAUGGUGUCCUUUUUUUUUGGUGGUUGCUCGCGAGUCAUUCGAGUGAACGUUUACAGGAUUC